CCCCCUUUUCUGUGAGGCCUCUCUUUUAUUCUUCUGUCUUUUUCUUUCUUUUUUUUCUUCUUCUUUGUUUUCGUUAUUUUUCUUUCUUCUUCGAGGCCCUUCCCCUUUUCCCUAUCUACAAACCCUAACACUACCAAAAUCUUCUCCGAUCAUUUCAUUUAAUCGGAUUUCCGUUUAAAUUCCUACCAAAAUGCAGAACCAGAGAUUGAAGCAGCAGCAACAUCAGGCUUUGAUGCAGCAAGCUCUCCUUCAGCAACAGUCGCUUUAUCACCCUGGUCUCUUAGCUGCUCCGCAGAUUGAGCCAAUUCCGAGUGGGAAUCUGCCUCCUGGGUUUGAUCCAAGUACAUGCCGCAGUGUGUAUGUUGGGAAUAUUCAUACACAAGUGACUGAACCACUUCUUCAAGAAGUUUUUGCCAGUACUGGUCCUGUGGAGGCUUGCAAGCUUAUUAGAAAAGAAAAGUCAUCCUAUGGAUUUAUUCAUUACUUUGACCGUAGAUCAGCAGCACUUGCAAUAUUGACCCUCAAUGGAAGGCAUCUGUUUGGGCAGCCUAUCAAAGUUAACUGGGCAUAUGCUAGUGGCCAGAGGGAGGACACAUCAAGUCACUACAACAUUUUUGUUGGUGAUCUCAGCCCAGAGGUCACUGAUGCCAUGUUGUUUGCAGCAUUUUCUGUUUACGCUAGUUGUUCUGAUGCCAGGGUAAUGUGGGAUCAAAAGACUGGGCGUUCUAGGGGGUUUGGAUUUGUGUCAUUCAGGAACCAGCAGGAUGCGCAAAGUGCGAUAAAUGAUUUAACUGGGAAGUGGCUUGGCAGCAGGCAGAUACGUUGCAACUGGGCCACUAAAGGUGCUGGAACUAGCGAUGACAAGCAGAGUUCAGAUUCUAAAAGUGUUGUGGAACUUACCAAUGGCUCCUCAGAGGAUGUUAAAGAGGCAGCAAGCAGUGAUGCUCCCGAGAAUAACCCACAGUACACCACCGUGUAUGUUGGCAAUCUUGCCCCAGAGGUAACGCAGGUUGACCUGCAUCGCCACUUCCAUGCACUGGGUGCUGGAUCAAUUGAGGAAGUUAGGGUCCAGCGUGAUAAAGGGUUUGGUUUUGUUAGGUACAGCACUCAUGCAGAGGCUGCAAUGGCUAUCUCGAUGGGGAACACUCAGUCAUUCCUCUGUGGCAAACAAAUUAAGUGCUCAUGGGGUAACAAGCCGACUCCACCAGGAACAAGCUCAAACCCGCUCCCACCACCUGCACCUGCAGCCUUGCCAGGCCUUUCUGCAGCUGACCUUUUGGCUUAUGAGCGGCAACUCGCAAUGAGUAAGAUGGGUGGUGUCCACGCCUUGAUGCAUCCACAGGGGCAGCAUGCCCUGAAAGCAUCUAUGGGAAUGGGUGCUGGUGCAAGCCAGGCUAUCUAUGAUGGUGGUUUCCAGAGUGUUGCUGCUGCCCAGCAGCUCAUGUACUACCAGUAAUUUCAUGAUAUGAUUUGACCGAUAUGUGAAAACUUAGAAUGGCCAAUCCCUUGAAAGCCUGUGUUCGAGGUUUUUUUUUUUUUUUUUUUUUCUCCCCUCCCCCCCCAACUUUGUAGGAUGUUUUGUACUAUUUUGGUUUUCGGGAUGGCUACCCGACGCGACACAUGCUAUGCUUGCCGUAUUGUAACCUAUACGUGCUGUGUAUGCCUCUUUUCAUGUUGGAAUGAGUUUAUGAGUGGCUUCUUUGUGUUAUU